AUCCAUGUGUUAGUGAUAUAUUGCUGCUUCGAAAAUGAGGCUCUGUAUAAAAGACCAAGGUCGCUCUCUUGACUUCACUAUAGAAACCAGAACGAGGCUAGUUUAAAACGCCAUCAGCACUUAAAGACAAAACACUUGAUUCUUUAUCAGACUCACGAAUUGAAUCCAAUCAAAAGCAAAAAGUUCUUGGACUGCAUACUCCACCACACCUGCACACAUCAAACUCAUAUAUUCAUCAUGGGUUUGCAGUGGACAAUAAUUGCUAGUUUUUUAUAUUUUGAAAUUGGAAUGGUUUUCUUAUUCCUGUUGCCUUUCAUAUCACCACUGACAUGGCGAAAAUUGUUUAAAUCUCGCCUUUUAUCACUAAUAUCUACAUACUCAUAUUUGUAUAUUCGAUUAUUAAUGUUAGCCUUAGCUGUUGCUUUCGUUGACUCAAUUUGGCACCUUCGUAAAUAUAAUAAUGCAAUCGACAAAUUGGAUACCAUGACUGGAGUCAUGCCAGGUGUUGGACAGAAUCAGCAUUUGAACCUGUUUCGAGCUCAACGUAAUUUUUACAUCUCUGGGUUUUCUUUGUUCCUCUGGAUGGUCUUGAACCGUCUUGUCAAAUUGAUCACAGCCCAAGCUCAGCUGCAGACUGACUUGGAAGCCACUCAUAAGCAAGCUAUGAGUGCUACUGAAGCUGCUAAUAGAUUAAUAAAUUCCUCGGCACCCCCAGGAGAGAAUCUAGCCAAUUCUGAAAAGGAGAAUGCCGCGAAACAUCUCCAGGCUCUCAAAGCUAAGCUGGGAACAGCAGAGGAAGAAUUACAAAAUGCUAAAGGUGAAUUAAAACAAAAUCAGAUUGAUCUGAUGGCCAUGAAAUCUCAGUCUGAAGCAACUAAACGUGAAUAUGAUAGGUUGCUGGAAGAAUAUUCUGUCCUUCAAAAGAAAACCGAGAAGGAUUCCAAUAAAAAAGAUGAUUAAUGGAAAUAAUGGGUAAACAUUGAUUUUUUCAUGAAAGUUUUGAAGCUUAAGCCUACAAACUAUAUCUAACAUGAUGACAAACUUAUUACUAAUUACAGAACAAAAAUAGUCUCAAGUAUUAUUACAGACUUUCAGAAUUGGUCUGAUGAGUUUAGUGAACGUGUUUGACCUGAAUGAACACAAAUGUAAGAAAUUACUGUUACUUUACUUUCACAUUGUGAAGAAGUGGAGAGAGGUCAAAAAAAAAAAAAAGAAAGAAAACAAAUCAGUUUGUUGGUUAUGUGCUUUUUUUUUUUUUUAAAUGAAUGAUGCUUUUAAUAAAUGAAGACUGAAGAACAGAGAACUAAUUGACCCGUUCCUCCGAGAUUUACAUCCAGCCAACCUAAACACUUAAAAUGUCCUUGAUGCCCUCCCAUUAAAUUGAGUUAUUCAUAAACAAGACAUAACAUUUUGUAUUAUUACGUUGUAUAUAAAAAUAUGCUAUUUAAUAAAUAAACAAACAUGUCUAAAAAUA